UUACACCGGAAGCACAUCGUUUGUUUUGUGGUAUCACUUCCGCCUGCCGUUAGCUUAGCUUUUUUGUUGCAAAGAUUUGUUGCAAGUAGCUAGUGUUACGCGUGCGACCAGUGGCAACAUAAUUGGAAUAAACACAAAUCUUUGGAUAUAAAUAGGAAGAGAUGGGGAAAAAACACAAGAAGCAUAAACCGGAGUGGAGAACAGUUGAUGACUAUGAGGACAAGGCUCUUGAGAAGCCCCUGAAGCUUGUGCUCAAAGUUGGAGGAAGUGAGGUGACAGAGCUCUCUGGUUCGGGCCAUGACUCUAGCUACUACGAUGACAGAUCAGACCAUGAGCGAGAACGCCACAAAGAGAAAAAGAAGAAGAAGAAGAAAAAGUCUGAAAAGGAUAAAGACAAAUAUGUGGAUGAUGACGAGAGAAGACGGCGGAAGGAGGAAAAGAGGAAGAAAAGAGAGCGAGAGCAGAAUGAAUUAGAGGCAACAGCCUCUACUGCUGCAACAAGCGUUGGUGUGCCUGUUGAACCUUUCACAUUACCAAAAAGUUUUGGAUUAGAGCCGGAAGAGAAGAAAAAGAAGAGAGAGAGAGAGUUUGAGCUAGAGCCUGAAGAGGAUGAAUUUCACUCCAGUAUGAAGUUGGAUUUAGAACAGCAAGGAGACAGGCCGGUCCGAGCAUGCAGGACACAACAAGAGAGUGAAUGCACUCCUCGUCAACAACUCCUAGAACACUUUUUGAGGCAGUUGCAGAGGAAAGACCCCCAUGGAUUCUUCUCAUUUCCAGUAACAGAUGCAAUUGCUCCUGGUUACUCAAUGAUCAUCAAACAUCCUAUGGACUUCAGCACCAUGAAAGACAAGAUUAGAAACAAUGACUACAAUACGGUUACAGAAUUCAAGGCGGACUUUAAAUUGAUGUGUGACAAUGCCAUGGUGUACAACCGACCAGAGACUGUCUAUUACAAGGCUGCCAAGAAACUACUCCACACAGGAUUCAAGAUGAUGAGCAAGGAGCGGCUGUUGGCUCUGAAACGCAGCAUGUCUUUCAUGCAGGACAUGGACUACACCCAGCAGGCAGCCAUUUUGGGAGAUGAAGACCUUGCAGCUGAUAUACCUCCUCCAGAGACAAUCCCCAGCCCAGUGGAAUCAGCUAAGAAGUCCAAGAAACAACCAGUCAAAGACAUGAAGGAAGUCAUCAGUUACCUGUUUGAACCGGAGGGAAACGCUUGCAGCUUAACUGACAGUACAGCAGAGGAGCAUGUCCUGGCACUCGUUGAGCAUUCUGCAGAUGAAGCUCGGGAUCGGAUCAACAGAUACAUGCCCAACUCUAAGAUGGGCUACUUGCGUAAAGAACCAGACAGUUCUCUUCUAUAUACGGUUGUAAAUCAGCUUGAUCCUGAUGCAGAAGAAGAGGAGACUCAUAAAGUGGACCUGAGUUCUCUGUCAAAUAAGCUUCUGCCUGGCUUGACAACCUUGGGUUUCAAAGAUGACAGGAGACACAAAGUAACGUUUCUGAGCAGUGCUUACAACAUUCAGACCCUUCAGAAGAACUCCGUCUUCCCAGACCUGCUACCUGAUGAGGUGGACACGCUCUAUUCAGCCUAUGGUGAUGACACAGGGGUACAAUGUGCCCUGAGCAUACAAGAGUUUGUCAAGGGCUGCGGAGGUGUCACAAAGCGCUGGGUCGACAGGCUUCUGGACAAGAUGACCGCAGACGAUCACACUAAAGCUGUCAGUCAAAUCCGACAGAGAAGAAACAUCCCGCUAAAACCCGAUGAAACCAAAUCCAACAUCUGUGACAUGCAGAUGGCAGAUGGCACUGGCCUGGGAGAGAGCGGCUCAGUCCUGGACUUCAUCUCAAUGAAGAACUAUCCUGAUAUGUCUCUGGAUAUAUCCAUGCUGAACUCAUUAGGUAAAACAGUGAAAAAAGAGCCAGGCAACGAUGAGGGCCAGCAGCAAUUUGACGAGGCGGACAAACUCCUGCAGGAGUUCCAAGAGGCUCAGGUGGACAGAGUCGGCUCUAGACCCUCGUCCAACCUGUCCUCCCUCUCUAAUGCCUCAGAGAGGGACCAGCACCACUUAGGGAGCCCAUCACAUCUGGGCGUUGGGGACCAGUCUGAAAUGGUUCAUGAUCCCUACGAGUUCCUGCAAUCUCCAGAGCCAGAGAGCACAGCCAACAGCUGACCACACACACUACCAUGUAGUUAUCCUGGUAUUAACAACACUGAGUAACAGGUCUUGGACUGUUUAAAUACUAUGGAGACAGCAGGAGCCUCUGACCUGUUUUAAAGACUCAAUAUGAUUGUACAGAGUGUUUUUAGUGUAAUUGUAUGAUUUUGUAUGAAUGCAACACUUGAAAAAUAAAUGCUUGCACCUGUAUU